AUUCCCUUCUAGGGAUGAACUAUCAUGGCGGAGGAGAAACAAGUUAAUGCCAUGUUUCGUAGGCAUGAGCAAUUAAAGCGGUGGGAGGAUUCUGAGACAAACAGGGAGCCAGGUUCACCUAAAUUAAAACCUAGAAAAGUUCAAUUUCAAGAUGGAUGUAUAUUUCUGGCAGCCUGUUCGAGUGGGGAUCGAGAAGAAGUCACUAGACUUCUGGACAGGGGGGCCGACAUCAACACUGCGAAUGUCGACGGUCUGACAGCCCUCCAUCAGGCUUGUAUCGAUGACAACCUGGAAAUGGUGGAGUUCCUGGUGGAGAAGGUGGCGGACGUGGAUGUCUGCGACAAUGAAGGAUGGACACCGCUACAUGCAACAGCGUCGUGUGGCUUCACAGAAAUUGCAAGGUACCUGAUCAAAAUGGGGGCUAACAUUGCAGCCGUCAACAAUGACGGGGACCUUCCUAUAGACAUCUGUGAAGAUGAGGAGAUGGAGAAUCUACUACAGGCGGAGCUAGACAAGCAAGGUAUUGAUGCAGACGAGGCAAGGAAGGAGGAAGAGAACCGGAUGUUAGCCGACGCCAACCAGUGGCUCAACAGUCGCAUCAUCAAAGAGAAGAAGCAUGCAAAGACUGGCGCCACAGCUCUACAUGUGGCCGCUGCUAAAGGAUAUAUUACAGUUGUCAAGGUUCUACUACAGGCAGGUGUAGACAUCAAUGCGGAGGACAAUGACGGGUGGACACCGCUGCAUGCUGCCGCCCACUGGGCCCAGUGUGAGGCAUGUCAGAUGCUUGUGGAGCAGCUCUGUGACAUGGAGAAGAAGAACACAGCUGGUCAGACUGCUUUGGAUGUAGCUGAUGAGGAUAUGAAGAAAUUCCUGGAAGAUCUGAAGAAGAAACAGGUUCUGAUGCGAUCGCGAGCUGAGGAGAUGAAUGAAGACAUUAUACAGACGAAGGGGCCGCCAAAUAAACGAAGGAGUUCUGUGACACGUAUGAGUGGAGAUCAAAAGCAGAACGUUCUACACAAAACCUCCGAACAAGAACGUGUAGCGCUUGAGACCAACAAGUUCAUUAAGCGUGGCAGUGACAAGGUUGAUAGUUCCGGUAGUGAAGAAGAGGGCAGCACAGAAACAGAACGACAGAAUGAGAUCAACAAGCAGACCUCGCAGACAGACAAGCCUCAAGAGCGAGACCAUACUCCGACUCGUACGGAGGUCGAUAAGAUGCCAAUAAUAGAUGAGGUCUCCGAAACAGAAAAAAUCCAGGAAAAGGAAAAUGUACCAGAAAAGAAUAUAAGUCCAGACAGAGAAAAUAUCCCCGAAAUUGUGGAAACAGAAAAAUGUUCUGAAACAGAAAACACUUCACAAUCGGAAAAUACUCCUGAAACGGAAAUUACUCUGGAAACAGAAAUUACUCCAGAAACAGAAAAUACACCGGAAACGGACAAUUCUUUGGAAACAGAAAAUACUCCGGAAAAGGACAAUACUUUGGAAACAGAAAAUACUCCGGAAACGGACAAUACUUUGGAAACAGAAAAUACUCUGGAAACGGACAAAACUUUGGAAACAGAAAAUACUCUGGAAACGGACAAUACUUUGGAAACAGAAAAUACUUCGCAAUCGGAAAUGGAAACUAUCACGGAAAGUGAAAUAAUCCUCCCUGCAACGGAUGAAACCGUAUCCGUUAGCAAUGGAGAGUCUGUUGAGAAUAGCAUAGAAGAAGAAACACCCAAUUCCGUUAAAGACAGCAAUAAGUCUCUAAAGGAUUCCUCUAACUCCACAAUUAAGGAUACCUCCAUAGUUCCUCCCCCCAAAGAACUUAUUUCAAGGUCAAUCAGUGCACCGUCCAGUCUUCCAACUGAUGAAGAGGGCUUGAAAAUUUCGACCAAUCACAAGUCCCGAGACAAUGACUACUCUGCUUGGAGAGCAGGCCUUCGGAAGACCGGCAGUACUAGCAUGGUGCAUGAAAGAAUGAGCAAGGAAAAUGAAGAUGAUAGGUCGUUACCUAGAUCUGCAUCUAGUCCAAGACUAGCUUUUGAUCCAAGGAUAGAGGACGAUCGUAAUGGUACAAGAAGAUCUUCACAAGGCACUACAGGCGUUUCAUCACCAGACAAGGGAGACGCUAAAGUAACUGAUAGGCAUAGUCAUACAGGGGGCAGUAUGGACCAGAGUAGGUCCCCCUACCGCAGUCUUUCUUCCUAUAACUCCUCUGGCCUCACGUACCAUUCUCAGUACGAGCCGUAUUAUCGCAGGAUGAACGAUCGUACGAGUCGCAAGGAUGGCCAAGAUUAUCAGGAUAGAAUUAUUUCCAGAACACCGUCCAUUUUGUCCACGGUCACUACAACAACUGGACCCCUUUCCACGACGACGGUUAGCACGACGUCUGUGUCAUCAGCAACUACAACCGUCACUUCACCGACGACCCCCACUAGUACCAAUUCAGUAUUCAGAAGGUCUUACGAACCUCCCAAACGUGAUGAAGAAACAGAAACUCAAAGGAAAGCCCGGGCCAAGCGAGCCAGAGAAACAAGACGAUCAACGCAGGGUGUAUCUUUGGAAGACAUUGAAAAGGCUGAGGAGACACUUCGAAACUCCUCAACCGACAAAGACCGAGAAAAACUUCGCUUAUCACAAAAGGAUGUGACGGACAGUGCCUCUACCGAGAGUAGAGAUGUGCCUAGAGACUCAGGCAGAGACUCAAAUAGAACUAGUUCUAGUUUGCCUUCCAAAGACACUUCUUCCGAGGAUACUUCUUAUCGACGGAGAAACUUGGAAGAACGUCAUGAAGAUGAUACUAGGAGCAGUUUUCGAAGGUCUCGAGAUCAACCCCGAGAUUUAUCAAGUUCCAGUAGUCAAUAUUCUUCAGAUAACUCUACAUCAGCUUACAUACCUCGCAGUCAGCGCAACGCCCUAUCAACGUCUGACACCAACACUACAACUAGUCUAACAGGCAGUUCCGGUCUAGCACGCACAUCCUCUUAUCGAAGUCGGUUACGUAACGGAGAAGUUUCCUCUCGAGAGGAAGAACAGAAGACUGCCAGAGAAGAACCCAAGAAAGAUGAAAGUAAGAAAGCAGAUCACGAAGAGAAGAAGGAAAGCUCAGCCUUACAGAAGCGGAGGGCGCGGAGAGAGAGACGCUCCACCGGCAUUGUCACCUACACACCAGAUGAUGACGAGGAUGAGAAGGGGAAAGAGAACAAGCCAGAAGAAGAGAAGAAGGAUGAGUAUGGCGUACAUGGUCUGCUUGAUUCCUCCAGAUAUCUACAGUCGACGCUAGGGUCCCGCUAUGGUUCAUCACGCUACAGCUCCUCAACAGACAUGACCCCCACAGAUCGGUACAGGGACAGGCCCAGCUCCUACUCCGAGUACUCCCGGUCAACGCCUUCAUCCCUAGACAGCGAUUACAAGAAGCUAUAUGAAGAUGAAAAGUCUGAGAAUGAGAGAUUACGGAGAGAGCUGGAACAGACGAAGCGAGAGCUUCGGGAUGCAAAGACAGAGUUGGACAAAAUGAUGAGAAAACACACUGACGCUGCGCGCACAGCUGAGACCAACGACAAGAGGGUAACACCACUAUCCGAGUCCACGCUCGACUGCGAUCAAGAAAAGAGAGCAUUGGAGAGAAAAGUGUCUGAGUUGGAAGAAGAACUCAAAAAAAAAUGGACAGCCUUAAGAACGAUAACCUUCGCCUCCGAGAGGAAAACGGAGCCUUAAUCCGUGUCAUAAGCAAACUAUCAAAAUAGUGCUGUUUUCUUCUCCUACUCAUAAUGUUCUCAUCAUGGAAAGAGGUCCAAGGACAGUCAUUACAAAGGUGCAAUUGGGGAUUUUAAAGACACUUUAUGAAUGUCUUCCAUUGCUCCUGUUUUAUACCUGCCUGCCUGCCUGCCUGCCUGUCCAACCUCUCACUCGAUGUCCAGCCAGGCCGUAGUAUUAUACCAGCAGCCCACGAGAUCACCUUGACCUCUCAACUCGAGACCUUCACCUCUCGAAAGACUGCCCUGUGCCCCUAGGGCAAAAGGGUCGUCAGCUAUGUGUCUAUAUUUUAUCCUUUGAUGUGAACCUUCCCACUUCCUGGUCUCUGUAAUAUUGAAUCCUUAUCCUAACAACUUUAAUAUUGACUCCUUACCAAGCUUAAUACUGAAUCCUUACUGUCUUGAAUACUGAUUCCUUGUUUACCAUACCAUUUUACUGACUCCCUACCAACCUUAAUAUAGAACCCUUACUGUCUGCAACUUGAUUCCUUACUCUUUUUUCCUUAGUCUAUCCAUUUUCCUUCUGUAGCAGUUGAGCUGAAUUAUGUCUUGGUCCAAUUAGGAAAGCUACAUAUAAUAUUCUACAAUCUAAAGACAGUUGCUCCGUGGAUGAAUGUACAUCUGAAAUUAGUGGAUAUGACGAUUCAAAAUCUUAGCAUUAUACUAACUAUGUUUUGGUGUCCACCAUUUUGAUUGAGACUACUUGUCAGAGGCAGGCAAGAUCUGAUUGGUUUUUUUUAUUGUGAAUUUGAUCUGAACAUACGCGAUCUCUAGCCUCUGUUAUCACUGAGCAGGCACUGGGUGUACAUUUAUCAACCUGCUUACACCUCUAACAUACCUCCUUUUGUUUCCUCCUUUUAUUUCCUCUCUCUUUCCAUUGUAUGGUUGCCAAAAAAAAUACAAAAAAAAUAUUCAAAGCUUGUUAAGCCUCUGCCAGGAGGCGAGACUCUCAUAGUCUGGAGAUGUGUAUUUUGUGUUGUAUGAAUAGAAUGUCUGCAUAUUGGAAUGGUAUUGUGAACUAUUGAACUAGGUGGAGUGUACAGUACGUGCUGCUGUCAUUUAAGGAUGUGCUAAUCUUUUCUUUUCUUGUCGGGUUGUUUCUCAUUUUGUCCCUGUUAAGUUCCACUUUGUCAAGGAAAGGAAUUCAGUUUUGCAAGAGCUAUCAAACUGACGUGUGUCAGAUUUGUGGAAGGGGAGGUAACUUUCGAAGGCACAUGGUUGAGAGGCAAGUCUGAUCUCUCCAAGCUGUGAAUGUCAUGGUUGAAGUCCUACUCCAGCUUCACGAGCAUCUCCGAACGGGAGACCUAAGCGACUCUCGGGGACAAAACAUUUGCAUGGCAUGGUUGUUUGUUGAACCGAUUAUAAAUACAUGUAUAGUGCAGAGCCCUGCGCUCCUAUGAUAAUGUAGAGUAGCUUGGUAUUAACUACUGGUUAUGCUUUCGUUGCUUACCUGAGAAAGUUUUGUCACUUGCUGCGACGUCCUCCGACGCCCCUCCCCGCAGAAAUUACCUGGUGCAAGACACAUGACCAUUCUGGUGCAGUAAGUGAACCCCUAGCCACACAGUACUGUGAACAUGGUGCUAAAACUAUCAUAUGCAAGUCUUCAUAGCAACACUGACCACCCUGUAAGCAAAGUGUGAUAAUUUCAACAAAUGUUGUGUGAAUUAGUUUUUCAUAGUGUUUAUGAAACUCUGCGAGUUUUGCAAUCACGUGUUACAUGUACAGUUAGAAUGUUUGAAAUUUAUUUGCUUGUACAUUUUAUCUAGCUGUUCCUCGUUUGCCAGUGGCAGUAUUAGGAUGUGGGAAAUGUUUCUGCUGGAAGCUGGGGAUGAAAGAAUACGUGAAUAGUGCCUGGAUUGGGUGUCAUUAAAAGUGCUAGUCAUUCAGUGAGUGGUAGAACAUAGUUGGAACGUUGCGUUUAUCGCCGUGUUGCAUUUCGUUCCCUAAUGUGCAAUGUGAUAUGUAGACAGACAUCUCUCUUGGUGCUGUGACUGACAGAUGCUAAACUCAGCCUCCAAACGAUCUGGCCAACCAACACAGAGAGCAUAAUCAACUAGUCACAUGGUCACUGGCCAUUGACCAAUCGGAAGCGAUCUCGCUGUCAACCUCUGGGAGUACAUGUAAUCUUGUCAAAACUGCUGACCCUAACCCAUCAUAGGGUCCCACUUGUGCCAAGUUCAUGAUGAAUCAGACUAGUUAACAACUGCUAGCUUGCCUCAUACAUGGCCAUCCGACUUAAUUAAAAAUAGAGCAAGCGCCAAAUAGCAUGUAAUGUUUGCACCUUUUGAGAUUAAGUUCUAUUUAAGUCAUUUAAGCAUUGUUUAUACUUCAUAUUUUGUAUUCCUGAACAUUUUUUUUACCGAUCUGUAUAUAUUCAUGCAUUUGUAAAUAAUGUUGUACAUUUUCAUAUGGAAAUUAUUUAUUAUAUCAAAACCCCUUAUACAAAGUAUAUUUUGUGAUCACACGGAUCUCAAAAUGAGAUUAAGAUUUUAUAAGCAGCAUAUGUUCUAUUUUUGUGUUGUUGUGAGUUGAAGAAGAGUGAAAGACGUGUGCAAGAGAUGAGUGACUAUUUCGUCUUGAUGAGUUCAAGGUACCACCAUGGCUGCAUACUCCCUCGUGUUAUGAGGGAGUCACUUUAGUACUACUUACUUCAAUCAAUCAAAGUGCUACUUUGGGAGAAGGCAUUCUUUUGUAUCUUCCUUCCUAGCACUAGUCCACGUAGAUCAGGUAAGCGGUGACCUUGGCGAGCACGAACACUCGUACUUAAACUGGUGGUUUUGCCAGGUAUUUUACACCUCAAGGUCACUGCAGAUUUCAAGCUCUGAGUUGUAGGCAUGAUAUCUUGUUGGUGAUUGGCUCCAAUAUUUGGGUUAUGUGCACCAGCGCUAUCAUGAAUGUCAACUGAGGUCAUUGUCAGGUCAAGGUCACUCUUGGCUUGACCCUGCCCCACCCGAUGACGUUAAUGUUAAGCUUCCUUAGGUGACAUGUUGGAUCUAAGGCUUGCAUAUGGCUGGAACUUUUUUGCCGGACCACAAGGUAGCUUGCAGACAACUCACACGAUCAGGAGCCAGACUCUGCAAUUAAUGUUCCUUAAUGAUGCCUCUCUUGUUGAUGUCUUUGGUGGAAUCAUCUGAGAUUGUGUCUGGGCAGCUAGUUUCAGAAUCUGGCCCUUGUGUCUGCUGUCUGCCAUGAUUGUUGUGAUAAACUGGCAUGCACAAUAGUUGACGUCUGCUGUCUCAACGAUGUUUAGGUGAUGUUGUGAUGACGGCAACAACACCCAAUCACCGACGUGACGGAGACCAUCAUGCUCCCCGUGGUGACAUGUUGGACCGCGGGUCUGCAUGCCACGCUCACUAACAAGCAUGGCCAUAUCAGUCAUACAGGACAAUGAUGUAUUUUAUGCAUUUUAUAGCACUAACUCUGUACAGACUUGUCUAUUAACUCUGUAACGCUCUUUCCUAGAAAUGUGCUACUUUAGAGCCAUAGACCUGGUUGUGCAGAGUGAUAAUAUGUACUUUGCAUAAGGGUUUUGAUAUGAUCAAUCCCAUAUGCUCAUGUACAUGUUAUUUCUUGCAUGUGAUUUGAGACCAAAUUACUAAGCAGUGUUGCUCAGCAUAAUCUUUGCCCAAUCCGGGUUUUUUUUAUAACUGAUCCAUUAACAAGACUACAUUAAGUGUAGCUUCUGCAUACUGAAAACUCAAGCCUGGAAUCUUAGUGAUUCAGGAGUGAGUGAGCUGCUGUACAUCACAUGGUACUUGGUGUUGAACUUGAGGACGGUUGACAUCAACCCCGCUACAAACUCAACGCACGGUAUUAUUCCUUGAAUGACACGUUGGAUCCAAGGCUUGUAUAGUGCACUACUCAUGAACUCACAAGAUAACAGUCCGAGUUUACAGCAUGCCGUCAAUGUUUUUGCCAUAAUGAUGUUCUUUCAACAAAUCUGCAUGUGUCGCUCCUGCUUCUUGUUUGCAUUGACCAAGUGGCUUUGUUGCUGUGACAAUGAUGGAUCCAACUGGCCGAGUGAACCUUAGGCAGUGAUGGGCCUCGGGGUGACAUGCUGGACCUCGAGCUUGCAAAUGAGUUGAAGAACGUCUGUGGCAGUUUUGGCCAAUGAAGUAAUUUUUUUUAAAACAAAUUUGUCCAGAGGACUUUCUUUGAAUUCCCCUGAUUUUCAGAAUAUAUCAUCUUUCUUCUUCGUUUAGAAAAAUAGGUAAUUUGAUUAUGAAUUAAUAUAUCAUUGAUAUUUUUCCAAGUUUCAAACAAAGUCCGCUGCUGGUUGAUUUUCUGUUCGAUGCUUCCCACAAAGGUUAUGCUGACCUUCACAGUUUGUCUAUUUUUUGUUGACAUUUCGUCAACAAAUAUGCUCAGAAGAAUGGGAACAUAACUUUCCAUCCAAUUGGUGCUCUUUGCUUGAUAACAUAGGGGCUCUAUGUGAAAGAGCUGCUGAAAAGAUCUAGUGGCACCACAAUCUGCAUUUGCUUGAGAGCAUCAAGGCAGCUAGCUGAUCCUUAGUUGAAACUGUACAGGAGUAGGUCCUAGAGGAGAUCUGGAGGUGUGCCUUGAGAUGACCCUACAUGGGGCCUUUGAAAAAUCGCUUAAGUCAUCCCAUUUGGGACAUAGGGAACUAUUUGGGAUCCUUUGGAUUACAUUUCUAAUCUUUGGAUUCUAAUAAUUCAAUAGAAAUAUUUGGUUGAUCUGUGUAAAGAAAACUUUCAGUGAUCUUGGUAGUAGUGGGUGAUCUUUGGAUCAUCAAUGAUACCUCAGGCCUUACCCAAGAGCUGUUGUGGAUAGAUCAUUUGAGUGAUCUUUGAAGUGACUAAAGCUACUUUUAGGCUCACACAGUACAGGGUAGAACUCAGCACCUAGACAGCUGGCAGUAGAGAAAUGGAGUGUGUGGCCUGCUCUGUCAAAUAGCGUUACCAUGGUGAAUGGGGGUUGCUGUAAUCCGUGACAGAUUAAAUGAUUCAAGAAGUUUAUGGACAGGACUCAUUUUCAGGCUCUUUGGUUCUUGUAUUUGGAGUGUUAAUUUAUUGAACGUUCAUCUAGUGCUACACAUGACAUAGUGCUAAUGCUUGUUAUCUGAUGAAAGGGAGGAGUUGGUAGAAGAGCCUGGGGAGAUGCGUUCCUUGGAGACUUGGUCUUGUUGUGCCCCGUCAUCUCAGUCUGUGUGAUUUGUUUGAUUUAGGAGAAGACUGGCCACAACUUAAUCAAGGCUUUCAACUCAAGACAGAUGUAGUGUACACGUAAAGAGUCAAUCCUUAGAUUUCCAAUAUACUAAGUAUAUUAUAUAGAAGUUAAAUUAUAAACAAUUCUGACAGAGCAGGUAAGCACUGUCCUCCCAGAUUAGGAAGACACUUCUUGACACUGGCAGUGGAAGACUUGGCUAUCCUAAACUGGGAGUACUGUAGGUCAUAGAUUUAGACUUGCUGUAUGCAGUGUAGAUGCUGACACUCUUGUGUCCAGAUAGUAGAGUGACACAAUCAGUUUCCAAUGUGUAGUAUAUAUAGCUGAAGACUGCCUUACUUGCAAAAUAACACAGGAGAAGCUUAGAAACUGUGAUGUAUCUUAUCUGAAACAUGGGACCUAUGUACAAGUGUUGCUAUGGAGACUUGUGUAAUUAUUCUGGGUUGCUAGAGACGUUGGUUGCGGGGGUUCAGGUGGUGGUUACAGAGAGAGGUUGUCUUGCACCAUAAUAUGAUGUCUGCACACAGACUUGACCCAGCUGUCGGAGGAUGUUGCGAUGUUGUAUGCGGUCAGUCCUGGGGCCGCUCCCUCAUUCACCAUUUUGUGAAUAUGUGUUAAUUUUGCAUCAGUAAUGAUUGUAACAUUAGGAAUGUAUAGCACUAAGAUUACCUACCCACUUAAAUAAAUUUGUUUGGGGUUUCCCUAAUUAAUCUGA